UGUGGACUAUUUUUGUCAAGUCGCAGGGUGCCGCACGGUCCCCGUGGAAUUGGGUGCCCGAUACACAGAUGAGGAAUGGUCUCAGAAGCUCAUGACUGUCGGUGACUUCAUCAACCAGUAUAUUGCAAAUGAGAACAGUGCAGGAUACCUUGCCCAGCACCAGCUUUUUGAUCAGAUCCCAGAAUUGAAAGAGGAUAUCGGUAUCCCUGACUACUGCUGCCUGGGGGAAGGGGAGGAAGAUGACAUCACCAUUAACGCUUGGUUUGGUCCAGAAGGCACUAUCUCACCUCUUCAUCAGGACCCCCAGCAAAAUUUUUUAGCCCAGGUGUUUGGGAGAAAGUAUAUUCGUCUAUAUUCACCACAGGAUUCAGAAAACCUGUACCCACAUGAAAGCCAAAUUCUUCACAACACUAGUCAGGUUGAUGUGGAAGAUCCCGAUGUAGUUAAGUUUCCCAAUUUCAGAAAGGCUGCAUUUCAGUCCUGUAUUCUGAUGCCUGGACAGGUCCUGUUUAUUCCAGUUAAAUAUUGGCACUAUGUACGAUCGCUUGAUACCAGCUUCUCUGUCAGUUUCUGGUGGUCAUAG